AUGGUCCUUGAUAUAUCUAUCUUAGCUCGUGCCCGUGGGCUUGCUGUCCUGACUGUGUUUAAGGCAGGAUUCCUUGUCAGCGCUAGAGGAGGCAGUGGCAUUGUUAUUGCCAGAAUAUCUGAGGACAGAUGGUCAGCGCCAUCUGCAGUGGGUCUUGCAGGACUGGGAGGUGGAUUUGAAAUUGGAGCUGAAGUCACAGACUUUGUCAUUAUCCUAAACAGUCAAUCGGCAGUAGAUGCUUUCUCCAAGGGUGGCAACCUGACAUUAGGUGGCAACUUCACAAUUGCAGCAGGGCCACUUGGCAGGAACAUGGAGGGAGAUGUUGCAGUUAGAAGCCCUUCAGCUAUAUACACCUACAGCAAAACCAGAGGACUGUUUGCUGGGAUAUCCUUGGAAGGGACAGGAAUCAUCGAAAGGAAGGAUGCAAAUAGGAAGUUCUAUGGUGGGGAUGUGCGGGCAUAUGAGAUCCUGAAUGGCACCGUACAUCCUCCAUCAGUGGCAGACCCUCUGUACGAGAUCCUCCACAGACAUUAUGAAGCUGCAGAGAAAAUUCUGGUGGAGGCUGCCAAGAAGGCUGCUGUGAAGAAAGCUGCAAAAGCUGACCGUCCCAAGAGUUUCAGUUUUGGAGCCUACAGAAGCAAGUCCAUGAAGAAUUCUUCCACUUCAGAUGAUAAACCGUCCAGGAAAAUGAGAUCCAAAUUCACAUCAGCGAGGAGAUGUACCAGUUUGGUGGAGGAGCAUACAACCAGUGAAGAAGACCUUCAGAGCAUCUUUAUGGACAGACUGGCCUGCCCGUUUGAAGUUACAGCAUUGUUCAGCUUUGAGGGAGAGCUGCCCUGUGACCUGUACUUCCAAGAGGGAGACAAGAUUACUGUCCUGACCAGAACUCAUACCCAAAAUGACUGGUGGGAAGGGAGGUUAAAGGGCAGGAAGGGGAUCUUCCCUGCCAAUUACGUGCAGUUACCGAGGCCUUAGUUCAAAGGCUAAACCAAACACGUCCUUGCUUUUCUGUGUACAGGUGGUAACAUGCCUUUAAUAACCCAUGGACAGCAAAAUUUGUUCUUACAGGGGAAGUAAUAUUACUAAGUGGAGCUGACACUAAUAUAUGUCUCAAAUGUUCAUGGCAUAUCUUGUAGUUGUGACUAUAUGGUAUGGUAACAUGGUUGGGAACAGACAGUUGUUACAGCAUCAGAUAACAGAUGAAUUCUGCUGAUGACUGUAAUAGAAUAAUUGUUAGGUCAUGGAAUACUAGACGUACAUGUAUGUUCAGUGUGUUUGUGUGUUAUAUAGCUUAUAGAUGACAAUAAUGUGCAAUUUUGUCUGACCAAUCAAUGUUGUAAUGUAGUUUUAGACUGGUAGAGGGCUGGAGCCAUGUUUUACAAUGCAACCAAUCAAGAAUCUGAAUCUACUUUUAAGUGAGUG